AGCGUUCUACGAGUCCGUACUGUCUGCAUACGCGGUGGGCUCUGAUUGGACAGCCUGCUAACCUGUGUACCGGAAGUGCAUCUGAUGCGGGAACUGGUGUGUCGGUAAUUUUUGCGGUCGGUGUGAGAUGGAUACACUCAAUAAACUGAAACAAUUUGACGCGUAUCCAAAAACUCUUGAGGAUUUUAGGGUGAAAACAUGCGGUGGCGCUACAGUGACCAUCAUAAGUGGUCUCAUCAUGCUGAUCCUGUUCUUCUCCGAGUUGCAGUACUAUCUGACUAAAGAGGUACACCCAGAGCUGUUCGUGGACACAUCAAGAGGCGACAAGCUAAAAAUUAACAUAGACGUCACCUUCCCUCACAUGCCUUGUGUCUAUCUCAGUAUUGACGCCAUGGAUGUAGCAGGAGAGCAGCAGCUGGAUGUGGAGCACAACCUGUUCAAACAGAGACUAGACAAGGAUGGCAACGCUGUGACUGAGGAGGCAGACAAGCAUGAUUUAGGGAAUGAGGAAGCUGAGGGGGAAGAGGUGUUUGACCCGAGUAAGUUAGACCCCGACCGCUGUGAAAGCUGUUAUGGAGCUGAGACAGAAGACUUGAAAUGUUGUAAUACAUGUGAUGACGUGCGGGAAGCGUAUCGGCGGCGCGGCUGGGCGUUCAAGACGCCGGACACCAUCGUGCAGUGCAAGAGGGAGGGCUUCAGCCAGAAGAUGCAGGAGCAGAAGAACGAGGGUUGCCAGGUCUUUGGAUUCCUGGAGGUCAACAAGGUGGCUGGAAAUUUUCAUUUCGCUCCAGGAAAGAGCUUUCAGCAGUCUCAUGUCCACGUUCAUGAUCUGCAGAGUUUUGGACUAGAUAAUAUAAAUAUGACACACGUGAUCAAGCACUUAUCCUUUGGUAAAGACUACCCUGGCAUUGUCAACCCACUGGACGGAACGCACGUAGCAGCCCCGCAAGCCUCCAUGAUGUACCAGUAUUUUGUGAAAAUAGUGCCAACUAUCUACGUCAAAGGAGAUGGCGAGGUGGUGAAAACCAACCAGUUUUCAGUGACUCGUCAUGAGAAAGUGGCCAACGGCCUGAUUGGAGACCAGGGACUGCCAGGCGUGUUUGUGCUCUAUGAGCUCUCGCCUAUGAUGGUCAAGUUCACUGAAAAACAACGGUCUUUUACUCAUUUUCUAACCGGAGUUUGUGCAAUUAUUGGUGGAGUGUUUACAGUGGCCGGCCUCAUCGACUCCUUAAUAUACCACUCAGCUAAAGCCAUCCAGAAGAAGAUUGAGUUGGGGAAAGCCUCGUAGCCAUUCAUUACACUUUUUUUCCUUUUUUUUUUUUGCUGAUUAUUAUUUACAACUGUAAUUAAAAUCAAUGCAGUUCUGGUUCCAACAACGUCUCUCUGUAAAGGGGCAAGGGGUACAGUAGGCCAGGGCCACAAGGGGCCACCGCUCACCUUGCGUUAGGAUUGGAUUUGAGCAACAUCCCUCAAUACUUCUCCCUUCUCGAUCGGAGAGAGGCGGCUUGUUGGACCAAAGAGAUACCUCUCGCUUUAUCGAACACAGUAUUUCCCACUAACAUAUCAAUUGGACUAACAUUUUCUUUUCUGUUUUUGUAUUAUUAUUUUUUUACCUCUUUUUUAAGAAACAAAGUUGUUGCAUUGUCUGCCCACUGUUCCCCUCUCUUCUCAAGAAAACAAUUCUUCAAGAACCAUGAAAAACGUAAUAUCGCGUACCAGUUUCCCGUUUGUUUUGUUUUGUUUUGUUUUGUUUCGCUUGUCGUUUUUUGUGAUUACAUGGAAAUUGCUGACCGUUUACAGAAACGAAAAACAAAAAGAUGUGGGCCAUCCUGCUCCUGAUGGUGGCCAUCUCCGUGUUUUUGUUUUGUUUUUUUUUUUUUUACCGCAAAACUUCUGUGAAGGUUUAAUUCUUAUGGGACAGGAGAGCCCAUCUACAUUACAGCUUGCCGCCCUACUGUCUUAGGACAGGAGAACACAUCUACAUUACAGCUUGCCGCCCUACUGUCUAAAACCCUGUCGGCUCCAGUCCACCUUCCGUCUACACUGUAAGGGCCUGCGCACAUUGGUUCUGACAGCACUGCGGCGGAGCACUUUCGCUUCCGACACAAUUCGGAACCCCCAAACCCAAUUUCACACGACGAACUUAGCAGCAUGGUUAGUCAAUGGGGGUGGCUCUGACAAAAUAGAACGCGGACACCUGAGCCAGUGUGUAGGGUUCUAUUAAAAACAAUGGAGUCUAACUUUUGCGGAGCUGCAGUGCUCUGCACUUUCUCGCAGUCGGUGUGCGGAGGCCCUAAACCGCACAAAUACACCAAGCGCGAAUAGAGCGAGGCGAGCGACGGAAGUAAUUGACUUUGUAUUGAGUCGUGCCACAAAAGCGAUUGUGGAGACAAGAGGCGAUUUGCGUGACGAGAGCGACAGUUUGAAGUUGAAGUUUCAACUUUCUAUGACACGGUUCGGCGACCAGCCGCGACUGCCAAUGACUGUAUAGAGGUCAGUGACCACAGCCAAUGGGAAUGUUUGUUUGAAUGCUUUGCCUUCUGCUUGUAACGGACAUACUGUAGUCGCUUCAGUCGCGCGUAUCGCUCUGUCACUUCAAUCGCGUCCCGCUAGGUGUAUUUGUGCGGUAACACUGUAACAGGAGUCGCAGCGUCAGGAGGAGCUGACUGGGUUGGUGGGGUCAAAACACUUGCAUAGGAGCACAGAGGGUGCCAUUUGUGGAUUUAUGUUAUUGUGCUGGCACCUUCACAAAUAAAUCAGGAGUUGUGUGUGUCUGUGUGUGUGUGAGAGAGAGGGAGAGAAUGAGUGAAUGAGUUUGUGACUGUGUGUGAGUGAGGGUUGAGUGUGUGAAUUUGUACAUAGUUCUGUACAGGAAUGAGGGUGAUUUUGUGUGUGCGUGUGUGUGUGCGUGUGUGGGGUUUGGGUGGGUUGCGUUGGGAAGAGUGGGAAGGUGGGUGAGCUACUUGUUUGGCUGUUGCAGCCUGCUUGGUCUGUCUUGUGUGUCUGACUGUGUGCAGGGUUGCCAGAUGAGGCUGAUGAUUUCCAGCCCAAAAAAAUGCUCAAAACCCGCCUAGAAGCACAAAAUCCCGCCCAAUUCUAUUGAUUUCUAUGGCAAGAAUUGGGCGGGUUUUUCUGCUAAAUGCCAUUUUUACCCGCACAAGGACAUCCUAAGCAGCCCAAUUGGGCAGGGAAACAGCCCAAUCUGGCAACACUGACUGUUUGGUGCAUCAGACAGCCUCCGGUGUGUCUGGGGGGAAAAUGUAUUUAUAUUUUGAUUGUCCUCUGCAAUUUUUAAAAAUGAACAUAAACAAUUGAAAAUC